GGACAGCCGGACAGGCAGGCAGGCCGGACGGGGUACCAGCACCUCAACUUCUCUCUCUGGGACACUGUCCAAGCUUCAGGGGCCAUAGGCCAAGCGGAGCAAUGGGUGCUGAGGAGGAAGUCCUGGUCACAUUAUCAGGGGGAGCCCCCUGGGGCUUCCGACUUCAGGGGGGGGCCGAACAGAGGAAACCCUUACAGGUGUCCAAGAUCCGAAGAAGGAGCCAGGCUGGCAGAGCAGGACUCCGAGAGAGGGACCAGCUCUUGGCGAUCAAUGGGGUUUCUUGUACCAGCCUCUCUCAUGCCAGUGCCAUGAGCCUCAUCGAUGCCUCAGGGAAUCAGCUUGUCCUCACUGUGAGGCGGGCAGCAGAUGAAGGGCCCAUCAGAUCUCCAUCCCCUGGGGAACUUCAGGCACUGUCACCCUUAUCUCCACUGAGUCCUGAGCCUCCUGGUGCUCCAGUAUCCCAGCCCCUUCAGCCUGGGAGCCUUCGAUCACCCCCUGACAGCGAAGCUUACUAUGGAGAGACAGACAGUGAUGUGGAUGGCUCUGCCACUCAGGAGAAGCCCCGUCGCCCCCGCCGCCGAGGCCCCACAAGGCCCACACCUCCAGGAGCCCCACCAGAUGAGGUCUACCUGUCUGACAGCCCUGCAGAGCCAGUACCUGCCAUCCCUGGGCCUCCCAGCCAGGCUGACAGCCGUGUGAGCUCCCCAUCUUGGGAGGAAGGGGCGGCCCUUCAUCCACCCCCAGCCGAAGCACUGCUGUUACCCCAUGGUCCACUCCGGCCCGGCCCUCAUCUUAUCCCUAUGGUGGGACCUGUUCCCCACCCAGUGGCAGAAGAUCUUACUACUACCUACACCCAGAAGGCCAAGCAAGCCAAACUGCAACGGGCAGAGAGCCUCCAAGAGAAGAGUGUGAAGGAAGCAAAGACCAAAUGCAGGACCAUUGCAUCCCUUCUAACUGCAGCCCCAAACCCCCACUCCAAGGGGGUGCUUAUGUUUAAGAAACGGCGGCAGAGAGCUAAGAAGUACACCCUAGUGAGCUUCGGGGCUGCAACUGGAACAGGCACCGAGGAGGAGGACGGAGUUCCCCCAACAAGUGAGUCUGAGCUGGACGAAGAGGCCUUCUCCGACGCGCGCAGCCUCACCAAUCAGUCUGAUUGGGACAGCCCCUAUCUGGACAUGGAGCUGGCCAGGGUGGGCUCGGGCACAAAAGAGAGCCAGGGCGGACAGCUCAGCGAGGUCUCCGGGAGAGGGGUCCAGCUCUUUGAACAACAGCGCCAGCGCGCAGCCUCCAGCACUCACGAGUCGGCUCCGGUGGACCAGGUAGAGGUGCUUAAUGGUCAAGGUCUGCAAUCGCCACCCCGGGCCCAAAGUGCUCCCCCGGAGGCAGCUGUGCUCCCACCCAGUCCUUUGCCAGCCCCUCUAACCAGCCCCAGGCCCUUCCUCUCAGGUAGUGGUGCCCCUUCCCCAGCUCCGAGCGUCUUUAACAGGUCAGCUAGGCCCUUCACCCCGGGCGUACAAGGGCAGCGGCCAGGCACCACCUCAGUGAUUUUCAGACCACUAGCCCCCAAGAGGGCGAACGAGAACCUGGGGGGCCUCAGCCCGGUCCCAGCCCACUUCGCGUCCUCUCCUCAGGAGCCCACGCCUCUUCUGAGUUUCACCACUGGGGCUUCCAGCCAUGUGCUCUCUGCUGGCUCCCCCAGCACCCCACGGUCCUCAGGCCCUGCUACGGCCACCAGCUCCCUGUUUAUCCCAGCCCCGAGUCGGCCCGUUACACCGGGCGGAGCCCCUGAGCCCUCCGCUCCUCCAAGUGCAGCUGCCAUGACCUCCACAGCCUCUAUCUUUCUCUCGUCGCCCCUGCGACCCGCUGCGCGCCCGGAGGCGCCCACACUAGGUCCGGCGGCCCCCAGUCCCCCUAGCGCUCGCGAGCAGCGAAUCUCCGUGCCGGCUGCACGCACUGGCAUCCUGCAGGAGGCCCGGCGCCGCGGGACCAGGAAGCAGAUGUUCCGCCAGGGGAAGGAGGAGCCCAAGAACUCGCCCAACCCCGAGUUGCUGUCGCUGGUGCAGAACCUAGAUGAAAAACCCAGAGCCGGCGUUACCGAAUCUGGUCCAGAGGAGGACGCUUUAAGCCUCGGAGCUGAAGCCUGCAAUUUCAUGCAGCCACCAGGGGGCAGGAGUUACAAGACGCUGCCUCACGCGACACCUAAAACCCCGCCUCCCGUGGCUCCUAAGACCCCGCCCCCUAUGGCUCCUAAGACUCCACCUCCAGUGGCUCCUAAACCAGCAUCCCGAGGGCUCCUUGAUGGGCUAGUGAAUGGGGCGACCACUUCUCCUGGAAUCUCUGAGCCGCCAAGGCUGCAGGGCAGGGGUGGGGAGCUGUUUGCCAAGCGGCAGAGCCGUGCGGACAGGUAUGUGGUGGAAACUACACCAGGUCCUGGCCCUCGGCCCAGAAGUCCUUCUCCUACCCCCUCAUUGCCCCCUUCCUGGAAAUAUUCACCAAACAUCCGAGCCCCACCUCCAAUUGCUUAUAACCCACUACUCUCACCCUUUUUCCCCCAGGCUGCCCGAACUCUCCCUAACAAGGCCCAAUCCCAGGGACCUCGGGCAGCCCCCAAGCAGGGCAUCAAGGCUCUGGAUUUCAUGCGACAUCAACCUUACCAACUCAAAACUGCCAUGUUCUGUUUUGAUGAGGUUCCUCCAACUCCUGGCCCCACCUCCUCAGGGCCCCCCAAAACUGCCAAAGUCCAAGAGAUCCGCCGAUUUUCCACUCCAGUGCCGCAGCCCACGGCAGAGCCCCUAGCUCCCACUGUGCUUGUCCCCCGAGCAGCCACUUCACUGGAUGAACCCAUCUGGAGGGCAGAACUGGCCUCGGCCCCUGUCUCCAGCCCAGCCCUUCCUCAAGAGUCUCCCAGAGGCUUUGGGGCCACCCCCACCUCCUGUGGUUUCCAAGUAGCCAGACCCCGAUUCUCAGCCACCAGAACAGGGUUGCAGGCUCAUGUGUGGAAGCCUGGGGCAGGGCACCGAUGAGCAAGGAAUAGGUCCCAGGACCAAGGAGAAGUGGAACAUCUGGUCUCCAAAGCUGCUUCUCCAGCCCUUACCCUACCCUGUCUCUCCCAGGCAUCUGGAAGCUAACGUUCCUCCUGCCAGAGAUAGUUUUGAAGUUAUGUCUCAUCUCCUUGUCACUCCCCACCUCCCUGCUGCUUUCCAACCUAUUAUGCCUACUUUGGUAUUUCCUUCUGACUACAUUUCCUGGCCUCUUUACCUGUAUGCCUCUGCAAGUCUCUUUACAAUUAUGCUUUUCUCUGUGAGCCUCAUUUUAAUGUUCAGUGAGAAGCACACAGAGUAAAAGUAACCACUGGGAUCUUAGGCUAGAAGCUCACUACCAGGAAGGCUAAAAAGAGAUGGAACUGAUCCCUGUUUACACUAACCUUCUCCCUACCGUUCACUCUGCUUUCCCAGGAUCACCUGGCUUAUACCUGCAGUGUGUGUGCCUAGGAUGUGUAUGUGUGUGUGCAAGUAUCAGCAAAUGUGUGUGAUCAGGAUCUGAUCUGGAAAGUAAUCAUAUGUGCUCCUCUGUCUGAGGCAAGAUGUAUAAAUAAAGACCACAUCUGAGUCUUAAUUUUACAAUGGUAGAAGGGUUAGACAUCCCCACAGGGAAUGUAGGAGGAGAAAGAGCUUCCCUGGAGAACACCUCCUCAGAGAGCAGUGUCUAGCUGGUGCACAGCAUCCUGGGAAAUUUAUGGCACAAGACGAGACUUAAGGACUGGGAUAGUUUACAUGAGUUACACCAACUAUACCAGCAAAAGAACUAAGAAUUAUUUAAAUCUGGGUCGGGGAUUUAGCUCAGUCAUUCCACCUCCUGCCUCAAAAGUGCAAGGACCUGAGUUCAAUCC